CCCCACGUCGCCUCCCAGCCGCCCACCACCAAACCCACCGCGGGGCACACCACACCGACCGUUUCGUUCCGGAUUCCCCACCGCCGCCGCCGACCCCUACCGAAACCCUAAUUGUUGGUGGUAAGCCAUGAGGCCGCAUGCCACGGGGACGGGCGGCGGCGGCGUGGGGAGGCGGAAGGCGGGGGCCGCCGCUGCCGCCGCGAGCCGGGAGUGGAUGGUGGUGCCGGCGUCGGGCCCGGCGCGGGUGGAGGAAGCCGGGAAGCACGCGGUGAUGGCGCGGACGGGGCUUCCCGCGCGCGAUCUCAGGGUGCUCGACCCGUUGCUCUCCUACCCUUCCACGAUCCUGGGCCGUGAGCGCGCCAUCGUCGUUAACCUCGAGCGCGUCAAGGCCGUGAUCACCGCCGCCGAGGUGCUGCUUCCAAAUUCCAAGGACCCCACCUUCGCGCGCUUCGUCCGUGACCUCCAGACCCGCGUCCUCGCGUCCUCCUCAGACCAGGCUGCGGAUCUCACCGACAUGGAGGGUGAAUCGUCAGCUGUUGCUUCACCAUUUCCUGUUCCGAAUUCAUCCAAAGGACAUGAAUUGGAGAUGACUAAGAAGUCUACUACCGUGGUGCCAGAAAUGACAAGCAGCACCAGUAUGCCUGAUUUGGCUGCUGCAAAAGAUGGAAAUGCCAAGGUUUUACCUUUUGAAUUCCGAGCACUUGAAGUCUGCCUUGAGUCAGCCUGCAGAUCUUUGGAAGAGGAAACUUCUACUCUGGAGCAAGAGGCAUAUCCAGCAUUAGAUGAGCUGACAUCAAAGAUCAGUACAUUAAACCUUGAGCGAGUUAGGCAAAUCAAGAGCCGCCUGGUGGCGAUAUCUGGUCGUGUACAGAAGGUGAGGGAUGAGCUUGAACAUUUGCUGGAUGAUGAAAUGGAUAUGGCUGAAAUGUACUUGACAGAGAAGCUUACUCAACAAGAAAUCAGUGAGGCUUCAUCUAGAGUUGAGGUUGAUGAUCCAUCUCAGACUGAGGAGGACAGGGAUGAAGAUUAUAGAAGUGAGCCAGAUGGAAGCAAUGGUAGCUUUAUUGGUUAUAAGCCUCACAUUGAAGAACUGGAGAUGCUUCUUGAGGCUUACUUUGUGCAGAUUGAUGGCACACUUAACAAGUUAUCGCAUCUGAGGGAGUAUGUUGACGACACAGAAGAUUAUAUCAACAUAAUGUUGGAUGACAAGCAGAAUCAGCUUCUACAGAUGGGGGUUAUGCUCUCAACUGCAACUGUCGUCAUUACUGCUGGAGUGGCUGUUGUUGGACUUUUUGGAAUGAAUAUUGGCAUAUCACUUUACGACCCUCCAACAACUGAGGAGGAGACAAGGGCGGCAAACAUGAAAUUCUGGGAGACCACUUUGGGCACCGUUGCUGGCUGUCUGAUUUUGUACAUAGUAGCCAUGGGUUGGGGGAAGAGAAGUGGGUUGCUGCAAUGAUGGCAGAAGCGUGCAUCUUGACUUCACCCAAAGCAAACUAGAUUGAAAAAGUUCUCCAAUAGCGUGAUUGCCAUGCAGCUCGGUACAUAAUGGGGAAAACAUCUUCUAUACUCCUAGUAAACGGGUAAUGAGAGCUAAGAAAGCCGUUGUACAAUUUGUUGCCGCACAGUUGACGCGGCAACUCAGUUAUUUUGUCUCGCACCUGGUGCGCAACUGUUUACCAUACUAGUGCAGUUUCUGCACUUGCUAUUGUAAUCGUUUCUGUAGCUGUUGUAUAUGUACCUAGUUACCUGUAGCUUGUUGUGUGAAGUGUUGUAUCAUAAAGGUGCCACAAGUCUGUAGUACGACGAGGUUUGGGGUGUGGCAUCAUGGAACUCCAACCUGCGUACAAGAGCUGCUUGAGCAGGAUUGUAAUCACAAUCUAUGAUGAAUAAGCUUACCCUUUUCUCAAAAAAAAAA